AUGUUCCCGCUACUGCGCAAGACUAUGGAACGUGGAGUCGGCUGGGACCCAGUCUUCAUCGUUCGGUGGUCCUCUCAUUUCUUCAAGAGCUUGAAUAAGUUGGUGUCGGAAGCGGCUGGUCGAGUUGUCCAGCUUGAUACCCAAGAUGAGACCGGGUAUCACUCGUCUAACUCCUCCGAUCACUCAUCUACUUUAACCUUUCCUUCAAACCACGUCUAUCUACCAUAUUCCAAUCAUGGGGAUCGUCACCAUUUCAUGAUUCCAGCUCUCAAAUCCCGCAAAUCUUUUAUGGAGGUUCUGCGCAACGUGUCAUAUCUUUCCUGGACGAGUACAAGCAUCCUAGCUCUCAUAAUUUUCCAACUAGCAGUCAUCGUCAUCCACGAUGCUCUGUAUUUCCUAGGCUAUGGAACAUAUAAGUCAACAUUGGAUUCCGUAGAAACUGGAAUAUUUUCGCUAUUCACACUGGAGAUCAUUUGCAGAGGUAUUUUACAUUAUGGGAUACCUCGGGAUAUCACUGCACGUGGCUGGACGUGGCCAUUCGACGAUAUAUUCAACGCUUUCGACGUCACUGCUAUCAUUGCAUUCUGGUCCAAACUCGUGGUUUCGGCAGCUGCAGACAGCCCAGGACAGAUUGUUCAACUGCUCUCGAUGUUGAGUGCACUCCGCAUUUCACGCCUACUGCGUAUCACUCCAGCCACAGAUAAGGAGACUUCGGUGAUUAUUGCUGCAUUGAAAGACUCAAGCGCCAAAUUAGCGAAAGUUGCGAGCUUUAUUUGCUUCUUUUGGCUACUUUUCGGGGUCAUUGGUAUUCAGACUUUCCAUUCAAGUCUUCGAAGAUCCUGUGUCCUACCGGCCUCUCCCGAUCUUCCAACUUUAGCGACCUCACAACAUAAUAAAGAUGUCCAGUUUUGUGGGAGUUACGUUAUUAAUGAUACUCUACAUUCAUGGCUACGUGCAGACGGCAGCCCCGUUGAUGACCGUCCAAGAGGGUAUUCUUGUCCACGAGGAAUGAUAUGCCAGGAAGGCACAAAUCCCUAUAACAAUACCGUCAGUUUCGAUAACAUCUUCCAGUCAUUGGAACUAGUCUUCGUCAUAUUCUCUGCGAACACAUUUUCGACGCUGAUGUACAACACCAUUGACAGCGAGGGACUGUUAGCCACACUGUUCUUCAUUGCUGUCAUCAUUGUCCUGUAUUUCUGGCUGGUAAUCCUGUUGAUCGGGGUGAUUACCGGCUCUAUACAAGAAAUCAGACACAGAACGAAGGUUAGGACGGCCAAUCUUCAGCCCGCAUUCCCGCAACAGACUUCUUCGAUGAGCACGCCGAAGGCUUCCCUGCCGGUAGGCCCUUUGCUGAGAUUUCUGGAGCGAACGCAGUAUUUUUGGAUUAUGAUAAUAACGUUUGGAGUUAUCAUGCAAUCAUUGCGAUCUGCAGACAUGUCUCCCUCUAGAAAGGAUCUUAUUGAUAGAUCUGAGACUGUUGUCACCUUCUCUCUCUUGGCAGAAAUCAUCAUCCGCGCCAUAUCAUUUGGGAAAGUGUUUUUCUUCAGCAAGCGCAACUUGGUUGAUUUGGGACUUGCAACCGUCACAAGCAUAAUGCAAAUCCCUUAUAUUCGCGAAUGUUACGCAGGGCGAGUAUACACGUGGUUCACCUUCUUCCAGAUCGCUCGAUGCUAUCGAGUCUUCUGGGCAUUACCAAUGAUCAGACAGAUAAUGGUCUUAGCUUUCAGCGCCUUCCCAAGUCUGUUGCAGUUAUGCGCGUUCUUGUUUCUCUUAGUUAUCUUCGCUGCGAUCCUGGCGAGACGUAUGUUCAUGAUGGAAACACAAGGUCCAGAUGACCGUUUCACGGACUUGUGGAAAUCGUUUUUGGCGAUGUAUCAGAUCUUCACCGGUGAGGAUUGGACCGAAACACUAUAUGCGGUUACAUCGCGCAAUCCAGGCAAACUGCUAGCCGGACUCGGAGCUAUCUUUAUCAUCGGCUGGUUCAUACUUUCUUCGAUCAUCGUACUUAAUAUGUUUCUUGCACGUAUCGACGAGAGCUUUAACUUGCCAGAAAGAGAGAGGCGAAUUUGGCAAGUCCAAACUUUCCUACGUAAGGAGCACUCCCUGGAACCGAAAAUCCAAGGACAUGAUAGCGCGAGCAUGGCAAAGCUACAAAGCUGUGCGAGUCGAGAGCGCUCAACAUCAUCGAAUGUCAUAGAUCUUCACAUGAAGUCCUUGAUAGAAAUCUUCACAGCAGACGAAACUGUGUUGGGACUUUUCAGCCCCGAAGUUGUCCCUGCCAGAGAUCUAUGGAAACCUAUCAAGUUGAAGAGUUUGUUGGGUAUCACGUAUAAUACGUCCCGUUCGGAUUCUAUAACCAAAAAGAGGCUGAGUACUUUCUUCAGCCGUUCGCAAAACUUCUGCAGACUACUAGUCAUUCCAAGUGGCCAACCUUGGAGCUUACUACCCGGCGAUGUGUUCAGGAUAUUCAUAUACACAUCGGUAGUAGCUCAGGUUGCAAUCACUUGCGUGACAACUCCGCUGUAUCAGAGAGAGUACUUCCUCAAACAUCAAUACUCUACCUUCAAUUGGCUUGUCAAAGUCGACCUGGCUUUCGCCACCCUGUGGAGUCUUGAAGCUUCCUUGAAGAUCAUCGCAGGUGGCCUCUUUCGAGGCGAAAAUGCCUUCUUGAGAGGCUGGAAUCUUAUUGAUGCGGUCGUACUCGUAACUUCAUGGGCUGGAAUAAUACUCUCUCUACACAACUAUGGUUCUAUCGCUCAUCGAAUUGCAUGUUUCAAAGCAUUCCGCGUCCUCCGGCUUCUGACCAUCAACGAAAAAAUGAUGACGGAAGUAACAAUGGUGCUUCGACGAGGAGGCAUCAAAGUCAUAGCGUCGGUCCUUGUGUCGCUCAGUCUUUUGUUCCCCUUCGCCAUAUACGGGCUAAAUAUCUUUGUGGGUCUCUCGAUGACAUGCAAUGACCCCCUUAUCAUGGACUUUCAUGACUGUAUCACUGAGUUCGAUUACUCAGGGCAGCAAGGUGUUCUGAUGCCACGAGUUGUUUCUAGACCUUAUUAUUCUUUCGAUAAUUUUGGUCAGUCCCUCUAUACACUCUUCCUAAUUGUAUCUCAAGAUGGCUGGACCGAAGUCAUGUACUGGGCUCGAGGGGUUAGCACGACGCCUUACAUGAGGUCGGAUUCGAUUUCCAACAUCAACGCACUGUUUUUCGUUGUCUUCAAUUUCUGCGGGACGAUCUUUGUGACGGCGCUAUUUGCCGCGGUCAUGAUACAGAACUAUACUGAGGCUACUGGUGUCGCCUAUUUGACACGCCAUCAGAGAUCCUGGAUUGAGCAACGCAGAAUACUUGACAGUGUACGACCUCACCGGCGUCCCACUCCCCAGGGAGAAUUUUCAUCCCUCAAAAAAGUAUGCUAUGUGAUGUCGGUCAAAAAAGACGGUAUAUGGUGGAGGUUUGUCACUGCGCUAUAUAUUUUCUACUUACUGCUCUUGUGUACCGAGUUCCAUCCCGCAAGUGAAAAGUGGAUAUUAGUUCGCCCCGGGCUACUUCGAGCCAUCUUGAUAUUCUUGUCCAUCAAUAUGAUUGCUCGAAUACACGGUCUGACGCUGAAGUUUUUCUUAAGACGUCCCUGGGAUUUGCUGAGUGCUAUCCUACUACCCGCUGGAUUGGCAACUUCCAUCAUUCAAUCUUUCUUUCCCAAAAAUUUCUCGAACAACUACGCCAUUUGCAUCAUUCAACCUUUGAUUGCUAUAUUAGUGAUCCCCUAUAUUUCAACCUUCCAGAAUCUUUUGAGCAUCGCCUACAAUAGUGUUCCAUUGGUGACCACAUUACUCACAACCUGGAUUGUGCUUCUACUUUUUUUCGCUAUUGGGUUAAAUCAAACAUUCGGACUCACACGUUUCAAUUCGUACGGGACGAGCACUAUAAACUUCCGAAACAUUCCCAACUCCAUAGUUCUCCUCUUUCGCAUGACCCUGGGUGAAGGGCGCACGAAGAUUAUGGAAGACUUCGCUGCAGUCAAGGAGCCAUAUUGUACCCGUGUUGGACUCUAUUAUGAAGACGACUGCGGAGACGAAAUUUUCGCGCGGGUCUUCCUCAUCUCAUGGAAGGUACUGAGUACCUAUCUGUUCACCAGUCUUUUUGUUUCACUGGUAUUCGAUAGUUUCUCGCACGUCUAUCAGAAGUUUCCCCUCAUCUCUGGAAUUCUCGAAAAUGAUGAUAUUCGAGCGUUCAAAGAUGCUUGGGCCGUUUUCGACCCUACUGGAACGGGGUAUAUCACACCAGAGUCGCUACCGAAGUUCACAAACGCAAUCACUGGACAUCUGAGUCUUCGUGUGCACGAUACUGCAUUCUCGGCGGAAGCGCUACGUAGUGACGCCGAAUACGCUGUACCACUACAUCCGGGAGAUUUGAACAUCGUGAAGUUACAUGAAAGACUGAAUGGGAUGGACGUUUCAGUCGUACGUGAGCGUCGUCGGACUAUGAAUCGAUAUAGAAUGGAGCUGUUCCAACAUAUGCAACUCGAUAAACGUACAUCGUCGGUCAGGAUACCUAUGAAAGUUGCUUUGCUAACUUUAUUUUAUUAUAAGCUAGUUGACCUUCGCGAAUAUCUUCCAUUCGAUGAAUAUGUCACGAGAGCUGAGAGGCUGCGAGAUGUCGAUGAGGCAUUAAGAAGGGAAUAUCUCACAGGUUUAGUCAAGAUUUGGCGUUGUAAAAAACGACGCAGGGAACGUUGGCUAUCAUAG